AUGACGUGCAAAAAAAACCUGAAAGAAAUUCCAGAAGUACAAGAGGCGCUAAGCGACGAGUUCGAUGGAAUUGAGUGCUCGAUAGGACCUGGGCCCGAUCUGUCACAGUCGCCAUUCCGACUUGACCUACCGCAUCUUGGACGGCAGAUUACAUUCGUACCGGAUGUUGCACUUCUCGAUGGAUUCAGUCCGGAAGGUUUGCACAGGAUAAAUCUUUCAAAGAAAAGUGCUUUGUUCACAGACGGCCAGCCCAGCUGUUGCUUGGAGUUGAUACUUGGGAAAGGCCGCAACUGGCGAGAUCCGCUAACGAAGCUAUUCAAUCGAUUGUAUCCGAACAAAUGGGCCUUUUUUAUAGCGGAACUCGAGCAGGUUGUCUUAAACUCUUGCACUGUCACUAAGCUGUCAGCACACAUUGAAAAUAACGAAAGGACGUUACUUUCGUACGCUUCUUCUUUUUGCUUCUGA